AAAAAUAAAUAAAAAAUCUCAAUAAAAUGAAUUUCUUGAUCAUUUACGUUACCUUCAUUCAAUUAAUAUUGACUGAUAAGUGUACUUCCUGGAGAAUUGGACAAACUAAGAAAUGGUUACCUGAUCUUGAGUGGUCAACAAGUCAAAAUUGGGAGGAUAAUUCCUUUCCAGAAUCCAAAUCUCGCAUAUCUUUUCCAUUAGAACUUUUUCAUUCUGUUGGACUUCCAUCAGAUAAUUUACUAGUUUCUGGCAUUGAAUUACCUAGAGAUGGAGGAUUACUUUUAGCACGAGAUGGAAGUCUUCAAUUGGUAAACACGAAUAAUAAAUUAAAGAUAAAAAAAUGGAAGUUGAAAGGUCCAUUUUAUUGGGCAGAUCCAGAUAACUGGAAUUCAUCAUCAGCAACACCACAUUUAGAAAGAAUUCCAUGCAGUAUGGAUACAGUUAUAUUGCCUGAUAAGAAUCAUUCAUUGAAUAUCCGCUUGCCGAAUACUAGAGUGAAGGUGAUGGAAUUGAGAAUAGGUGAAAGAGAAACAAUCGAUGAAUGGCGUUGGAAAUCAAUGAUUCAUGGAAGAGAAUUUAAAAAAAGUCCUAUUUCUGUAAGUUUAAGUGGACUUCAAUAUUGUGGAACUGAUUGUUUAUGCAAACCAGACAAUGUUGAUCUUUUGGAUGAAAUUUGUCAAAUUGCGCGUCCUAAAUGUGGGAGACCCGGAUGUGAAUAUCCAAUACAGGUUGAAGGUCAUUGUUGUGACUAUUGUGGAGGACGUGUUAUAGUUUCAUCAAAGUCACUUAGUAUAGCAGCUCUGCAAGAAAUAGCAGAGGAAGCACUUGAAAAUUUUUACGGAAGUAUAUCAUUGCAUACUCGAGCAUCUUGGGAUGGUGAAAAGUCUGAAGUUCUGAUUAUUGAGAAUGGAAUUUAUUCGGGAAUAAAAAGUCAGGAAGCCGUUGAUAAACUCACCGGAGUAUUGAUGGCUCACAGAAUUCCUAUAAUUUAUUCUGAGACCACGGGUGCAUCAAUGAGUGGAUCAGUGCUUGCAACUGCACUUGGACUGUUUUUUGGAACUCCUAUUAUUCUCUUCAUCUUGAUGCUGAUAGCAUUGCCAUAUUAUGGGUAUUCAUAUAAUUACAUUAUAUCAAUUGGGAGAGAAGCCUUUAGUUCAAUAAGGGACGGAAUAAGAGCCGAUGGAACGCCAAAUACCGGUAGCUCUUUUGGUUUUGCGCGCUUUGAAAACUUAGCUGAGGGUGAUGUUCAGCUUGCAAGAGCUAUAACAGCGGAAAAUGAAAUGCUGGAGAUAGAUAAUGAAGACAAUGAUAACGUGGGUAGAGGCAAGAGAUUUGAAAAUCCUUUGUAUAGAUCUCGGAGAAAAUCUUCAAUAAUUGAUAACCCGAAGGAUACUGAAAAUAUUGUUAAUAUUGACACUCCAGUAAGCUUAUCUGAGUUACAAAAAAAAGUAUUUUCUUCGGAAGAUGUAAGUGGAGACUCUGAUUAAUUAAUUUCUUCUUUAAUUCUUUCGAUCAAUUAAGACUAUAUAAGAUAACUUCAUUUCGCGUAUAAAAGACUAUUGAAGUUCUUAUCAUUAUCAUCUCUAUCUUAGAUUAGAUCUAUUAGAAAUUGAACGGGGAGUAGGAAAUUUGAUUUUCUUGAUUACUAGAAAUGUAAAUCGAUACUGCAAAAUGUUAUUUUAUUUGAAUCUGCUUUGCAUCUAUUGUAAUUUAAUUAGUUUUGUUGAAAAAAUGUAAGAUUUUAUACUAAAACGAUUUUUUAAAAUUUAGAAUAAUAAAUCUUAUUUGUGUGAACGAAAUAACUGAUAGUAUGAGACGAAUUAAAGAUAAACAGUGUAUCUAGAUAAAGGAGUCUACUCAAACACAAAAAUAAGUUUUCGAAUAGCACACAAUCAAAUAGAAACUUAUUUCGAGUUAUAAACAUUGUUUAUUUGUAUAUCAAAUGUUUAUCAUAUCUUUAUAAAAAAUCAAUAUUUGAGCUUUAUAAAUUCUAUACAAGUUAAUAAAAUGC